AUGGUGGGUACCACCGGAGUCCGCCUGUCGGACAACCCAGACGAAAUCCCCGAUACCCCUCGCCGCUCUAUUUUCCGCCGCGGCUUCGCCUACGCCACCGAAGCGAUCAAUGGCGGGGUUGAUUCUGUCAAUCGCAAGGUUAGCGGCACCUACGUCGGUCGCUUUUUUCGCCUGCGUGGAUCAGGCCAUGCUGAGGAGAUCAGAGAUGCGAACUUCUGCACCGAAAUCCGCGCUGGACUGAUCACCUUUUCCGCUAUGCUAUACGUUUUAGCUGCUAAUCCGGCUGUGAUUGCCUCAUCGGGAUAUGAAUGUAGCUGCAGGGGAGAGGAUAAGGGCAGGCCCAACUGUGGUCAGGAUUACCAAGCAUGCAUCGAAGAACUUCGUCGCGACAUGGUCGCAGUGACUGCCGCCGUUUCGGCCAUGUCUUGCAUCCUGUUUGGCUUGAUGACCAAUAUGCCUGUGGCUGUGGCACCUGGCAUGGGCCUCAACUCCUACUUCGCGUAUCAGGUCAUCGGCAUCAGAGGAAGCGGCUUACUACCUUGGCGUUCUGCUCUCACAGCCGUGUUUCUCGAGGGCUGGAUCUUCAUCAUCCUUUCCUUGACCGGCCUUCGUCACUGGCUCGUCAGAAUCAUUCCGAGCACUAUGAAGGUCGCGGGCGUCUGUGGUAUUGGUUUGUUUCUUGCCUUGACUGGCUUGGCAAACAAUACUGGACUUGGUCUUAUUACCAGUGGAGACGUUGUGCCCAUCUCGCUUGCUGAUUGCAGCAAUCCCGACCAGCAGGGCCAAUGUUCUGGUGUGAGCGCUAUCGCGGACCCGAAGUUAUGGCUCGGCAUCCUUGGAGGGGGUAUCUUACCAACGGUCCUGAUGGGCUUCAAUAACAAAUACUCCAUUGGCAUAGGUGUACUCUUCGUCACUCUUAUGUCUAUCCCGCGCUCGACAUCCGUGACCUUUUUCCCUUACAAUUCUGUUGGUCAGAACAAAUGGGAUUACUUCUCCAGCAUGGUCGGAGUGCGCAAGACGGGAUUUGACAUGUCUCAGCUGCGAUUUGACUUCGGUCCGCAUCAAGGCAACUUCGUCGUUGCUCUCCUAACCAUGCUCUACGUUGACAUGAUUGACUGCACCGCAACGCUUCAGGGACUGGCGAGAUACACCUACAGACUCCAGGGACCUGACCCCGACUUCCCCGGCUCCACCAUUGCAUAUUGCACCAACGCUUUCUGUAUCUCUAUGGGAGCCCUUCUGGGAUCAUCUCCUGUUACGGUUUUUGUUGAAAGUGGCGCCGGAGCUCAGUCGGGUGGCCGUACUGGAAUAGCGGCGAUUGUGACUGGCUUAUGCUUCCUGGCCGCGGUGUUCUUUGCGCCUUUCUUUUCCGGCAUCCCGCCAUGGGCGACUGGACCGGCCUUGAUCCUGAUCGGUUUCCUGAUGGUGCGGCAAAUUUACAGUAUCAACUGGAAUUAUGCUGGAGAUGCCAUUCCCUCCUUUGUCACGAUCGUGUUUAUCCCUUUCAGUUACAGUGUCGCAUAUGGCCUCAUUGCGGGUCUUUUCACGUACAUUAUCGUAAACGGCUUGAUCUGGAUUAUCUCAACCCUUACCGGAGUCGAGCCCCAUGAUUACCAUCUCAAGCAAUACUGGACCAUCAAUCCGGUUGGUCGGAAGCCAUGGAUUUAUCGAGCCUACAAGUAUAUCAUGGCCAAGCUACAAAAGAACCGUGACCAGGCAACCGAAGAAGUUGCUGUGCAGGAGUUUGAGAUGAUGGAACGCCGCACUUCCCACCCCAGAUCUGCGGUGGCUUCUGCGUCAACAAUGGAUGAUAAGCACUCACGCGCAGCUGAGUGA